AGGUAGAUAAAAGCUGCUGUAAAACAUGCCUCACGUCGUCACACACACACACACACACAAACACACUUUCUCUGCUCAGACCUGAAUCUGCUCCAAACAGACAGCAUGGCGAGCAGAAAGUGUUGUGGUGUUCCUACUUUUCUAGCAACGCUCUCCAUCCUACUCUUCAUCAUGUUAGUUGUCUGCGUGACGGUGAUCGUACUGAUAGUGAACAGUAAAACACAAGCAGAUCUACAGCCUCAGAACCCAUCGUACCUGAUUGGAGUGGGUCGAGCAGACUGCACCGGCCCGCCAGCUGAGAUCCCUCUGAUGGGUUAUGCAAACCCUCAGCAAAAGGCUGCAGGCAUUCACACACGCCUCUACAGCCGAGCCUUCAUCAUUGAUGACGGGAAUCGAACAGUCGUGUUUGUUACUGCAGACAUAGGAAUGGUAUCUCAAAGACUACGACUGGAGGUUCUGCGGGCGCUGAAGGAGAAGUACGGGAACUUGUACCGUCAGGAUAAUGUGGUCCUGAGUGGAACACACACCCACUGUGGACUGGCUGGAUAUUUCCAGUACACACUGUUUAUGAUCACCAGUAAUGGUUACAUCAAAUCAUCGAUACAACCAUUGGUCAACGGUAUAGUAAAGAGCAUAGACAUAGCCCACAGUAACAAGAGACCUGGAAGGAUAUACAGAAACAAAGGUGAGCUGGAUGACAGCAGUAUAAACAGAAGUCCUCACUCCUACCUGAACAACCCAGAGGAUGAGAGAAACAGGUAUAAAUGGAACACGGACAAACAGGUGUUGGUUCUAAAGUUCACUGAUCUGGAUGGAGAUGGUAUCGGUAUGAUCAGCUGGUUUGCUGUUCACGCUGUUAGCAUGAACUACACAAACCGCAUGGUGAGCAGUGAUAACAUGGGUUAUGCUUCCUACCUGCUGGAGAAGGACAAGAACCAUGGGGCGCUACCUGGACAGGGAAGCUUUGUUGCUGGUUUCUCCUCCAGUAACCUUGGUGAUGUCACUCCAAAUACCAGAGGACCUCACUGUGUGAACAGUGGGCUACCCUGCGACUAUCUAAACAGUUCCUGUCCUGUUGGAGGGACUAAGGAGUGUAAGGCUUUUGGACCAGGAGAGGACAUGUUUGACAGCACAAAGAUCAUCGGACAUAGCAUCUACAUGAAGGCCAAGGAGCUCUAUGCAAAUGCGGUUGAGGAAGUAACAGGUCCCAUUCAUGCUGCUCAUCAGUGGGUCAACAUGACAGAUGUGACUGUUCAGAUCAAUGAGACACAUACAGUCAGCACGUGUAAACCCGCUCUGGGUCACAGUUUUGCAGCAGGAACAACAGAUGGAGGAGGAGACCUGAACUUCACUCAGGGUGCUGUGGAAGGGGACCCAUUCUGGGAUGGGAUCAGAGAUGCUCUGUUGGGACCGCCAUCCAAUCAGACAAAGGAAUGCCAUCAUCCCAAACCGAUUCUAUUUAGCACAGGAGAGAUGAACUGGCCCCUACCUUGGCAUCCUCAGAUUGUUGACGUUCAGAUUGUCACUAUUGGAUCUGUGGCCGUCAUAGCUGUUCCCGGAGAAAUGACCACCAUGUCAGGGAGAAGGUUACGAAAAGCUGUCAAAGAGGAGUUGGAGUCUGAAAACACCUUCAAGGACACAGAGGUGGUCAUCGCUGGACUCAGUAAUAUCUACACUCACUACAUAACCACCUAUGAAGAGUACCAGGUGCAGCGGUAUGAAGGGGCUUCCACCAUCUAUGGUCCACAUACACUAACUGCCUAUCUGCACAAGUACCGUAGCUUAGCCCGAGCCAUCGCUCAGGACAGAGUGUCAGAGCUGCCUGCUGGCCCUGAACCUCCUUUCUUUACAAAGAAUCUUUUCAAUCUAAUGGCUGCAGCAGCUGUGGAUAAAAAACCAGACAACAGCAGCUUUGGAGACGUCCUGGAGCAGGUCUACCCUGUCUACAGACAGGGGGAUGUGGUUUCUGUUACAUUUGUGGCAGGAAAUCCUCGCCACUCAGGAGACAUUAGAGAUACAACUUUUGUCACUGUGGAGGUUUAUGAUAACAGAACAGAAACCUGGGAGGUUGUGUACACUGAUGCAUCUUGGGAGACCAGGUUUCAUUGGCUGAAAGGUUCAAAUCAACAGAGUAAUGCUACCAUUGAAUGGCACAUCCCCCCAACCGCUGCCCACGGCACCUACAGGAUCCAACACUUUGGACAUUACAAGCAGAUGAAAGGUCUACGACCCAUCAUCACCAAAUACCAAGGCUCAUCUGAUGUCUUCCGAGUCACUGACAGCUUCUACUAUUGAUGACAUCGCCAAACCAUCCAGGACUAUGGGUUCUCUUCACAGAGGAACUGAUCACCACCAUGAACAUUUACCUGAAUUGGUUUUCAUAGAAACUGUUAAAACCUCAGAUCUGUAAAAGAAACUAUUCAAAAUAUGUUAAAGUUUAAAUAGUAAAUUUGAAAUAAGUAUGCAAUUCAAUUCAAGUUUAUUUAUAUUGCACCAAAUCAAGACAAGAGUCGUCUCAAGGCACUUCAUGCAGUAAACAUUCCAAUGCAGGUCAGUUCAUUAAGCCAAUCAGCAAAACGUUUCCUACAUAAGGAACCCAGCAGAUUGCAUCGAGUCACUGACUACUGUCAGAAUCUUUACAGCAAUCAUCAUACUAAGCAAGCAUGCAGUAACAGUGGAGAGGAAAACUCCCUUUUAACAAGAAGUAACCUCCAGAGGAUCCUGGCUCAGUAUAAGCAGCCAUCCUCCAGAGAAGAGAGAGCAGACACACACGAGCUUUGCAUCUUCGUGAGAUGUCAAAUGUCUCUUUGUGAUUAUGUGUCUCAUGAGGAUUUUGUGCAUCUUGUGUUUCCAAGUCACUUUUGAAUCAUUGUGGUGGUGGCGGCCAUGUCUCUGGUUGUCUUGUGCCUUGUUGUAGAAGUCAGGUCCAUGUUGUGUUUCGUGUCUCUUUGGUGCACAUUGUCACACAACAAUAAAAUUAAAACACCAAAACUUA